AUGGCAUUUACUGUUGCGGACCUGAAAUAUAUUGAACCUUCAGUUUUGAGAGAAUGGAUAUUGAAAAGGGACGAAAAGUUUCCUUUUUUAAUCAUAGAUGUUAGAGAUUCAGAUUACGUCGGAGGACAUAUUAAGGGAUCCAAGAAUAUCCCAUCGGCUCAAGUAAAACAUGAACUACCAAACAUAUAUGAUACUUUGAAAGAGAUUAACUGCAAAAGCAUCGUUUUUCACUGUACGCUGAGUCAACAAAGAGGUCCCUCUAGUGCUAUGAUGCUUUUAAGAUAUUUAAACGCAGUUAUCGAGAGUUCUAAAUCGUCAUCGGAUGAAAUAAAGUUUGCGAAAAGUAUUAAUGUAUAUGUUCUAAGGGGUGGAUUUGCAAGAUGGCAAAAUAUAUAUGGAGGUGAUGAAGAGCUAACAGAAGAUUAUGACAAAAAGUUUUGGACCAAUGAAUUCUGA